GUUCUCACUGUGAGGUUCUACCGGUACUGAUCUCGCAAGAAAUCAUGAAUUACCGAUUUUUCGUUAUUUUUAUUUUCACUUUUGCUACCGUUGAGUGCCAAAACGUUGCCAAUAAUGCAAACUCAAACAAUACGGAUGCAACUAUGGACGUUGAAAUUACCAAUCUGGAGGAGGAAAUAUCUAAGCCGAAACUUCCACAUUUGUGCACCGUAUGCAAUUGUAUAGAUGAUAUCAUAGAUUGUGAUAACAGAAAUUUGACCCACCACUUGGAGGGUGGACAAUGGUCCAAUAAAACCAUAAAGAUAGCGUCGUUCAAUGGGAAUUUAUUGGUUCACGUGAAACCAUUCCCAAAAAUAGAAAUUAGGAAACUGUCGCUGCAGAAGAACAAAAUCACGAGAAUCGAUCCUCGAGCCUUUAAGGAGAUAAUUAAUCUUACCGAGUUAGAUCUGAGUCAUAAUCAACUUACGACGGAAAACUUAAAACCUGGCGUGUUUGAGGGUAAAUUUUCAUCGGAUGCUUACGAACCAUUGGAGAAGCUAGUGGUCUUAAACUUAGCUCACAACGUGCUCCAUUCGUUGCAUCAAGAUCUUUUCGAGCACAUGGAAAGUCUGAAGGUGUUGAACCUUUCCUGGAAUCAGUUCUCGAGAAUCGACGAACGUACGUCCAUUGCGAUCAGCUCUCUUCCGUAUCUGGAAGAGUUAGACUUGAGUUACUGUGGCCUAAAGACACUUUCGGACGUUCAUUUCUACUCGUCUAGGUCCCUCAGGAAGCUUAACUUAAGCGGAAAUCUACUUACAUCUGUUCCGAAAGCUCUCGAGGAAACAACGAUGCUCGAGGUGCUUUACCUGGACGAAAAUCCAAUUCAAAUUAUCGAUCACUUAUACCCGUUUCCACUUAUUCCAAAACUGAAGGAGUUAAGCCUCUGUUGCAUGCCUCAUUUGACGAUUGUCGGACCAUAUGCCUUUUCAGGCUUGAUGUCUCUCGAGCAUCUUCGUAUAGAAAACUGUCCGAAACUGGAAUCGAUCGAUGAUUACGCUCUUGCCACGCAGAAUAACUCUGAGGUACCUGUGUGGCCGCCACUAAAGAAACUCGAUUUAUCGGAUAACGCCCUGCGAUAUUUGCCUCAGCAAUUGGUAGCAAGAUGGGACUGGCUUGAAAAAUUGGAUCUGAUGAACAACAAAUGGAGCUGCGAUUGCAAUAAUCAAUAUCUGAUUGGCACGUUGCUGCCAAAAUACGGGAAGAAGCUCAUGGGAGACGAACUGGAUUCACUCAUCUGUGCUUUCCCGCCGGAACACGCUGGCAAGAACUUGUCUUCGUUAUCCCAUCGAAGCUUGCGAUGCUUGGACUUAAACAAUGCAAGACCGGAAAGGGACGCGACGAUCCUCAUCGGCGUAUUGGUCGGUCUAUUGCUCGCCAUUCCAGUCUGCCUGACGAUUUUCGUUUUCUGGCGUCGUGGCUUCUUCUUCUGCGGCACUCAAGGACCCGCCACCUUCUCACGAGCUUUCUACAAGAGAGCCACGGACGACGAUGAAUUCUGAGAACUUUCUCCUAUCGAUGAAUCUUCGAUCUCGUUAGUAAAAAGAGGCGAAUAAAAUGACCAGACUGGAAAGCAUGUUUAUGCAAAUUUGUAUCUUUGUAAAUGCAGAGAUUCGUUUCAUUCGGCAAACAUUUUAACGAGUACAAAUUUUAUUCUCCAUUGUCGACUUAUCUUUUCACGUAGAAUCGACAACGAUCACUGAGAUUCCCUGUAUAAUUUCUGGCAUUGCCAUAAUUUCGUACACAUGUGUAAACGUCACACGGUUUAAUAACAAUUCAGACGAUCGUUCUGUCUCGCUUACGAGGUAAGCUACAGUGGAAAUUGUAGAAAAAAUAGCGUAAGCGUGUACUGUGAAUCAUUUGCCAGAUAUGGGCGAUCGUACGUUUCUUUAUUAAGUGUUUGUGAUAAAACACGAAGUAGAAACGAUAAGGUGAUAGAUACGACAGUCUGAUAAGAUAGUAUCAAACUUAUACGUUAUAUAUGGUAAGAGCGUGGAACGGCAAUGUUAAAUAUUUUGUAGCAAUUCACAGUCUUUUCGACGAUAUUAAUUUAUAUUGAUCAUGAUUCAUAAGCUAUCGUGGAUAAUCUGUUCGUAUGUAUACAUGUAUUUCAUCAUCCAACGAUGUACGUGUUUUGUAAUAAAAAUGUAUAUUGUAAUAAAAUAUUGGUACGAA